CGCGCCGUGUAGACGUGGACGAAGAAGUGCAGUGUUCGGUGCGCGCGCGCAGCCGUGCCUCCUCGUGUGGCGCAUAGCUGGCACCAUGUCGCAGGAGGAGGAUGGCAAGGAACAGCGCUCCUCGUCGGAAGACGUGGCGGCGGCCACAGAGCCAGCAGAGGAAGUGCCGCAGCAGCAGCGCAGAAGAAGCGGCAGCAAGCGUGUGGCCUGCGAGGAGCUGGCCUACAACAGGAUGGGUGACAUCUGGGUCCAGUGCUUCGCGUGCUGCGUCACUGAGCAGCCCGCUCCGAAACGGCGGCGGCGAAUCGACCGCACCAUGAUUGGAAACCCAACAAACUUCCAGCAUACGGCUCGUGGCUCUGGGGACAUGAAUGUUCAUCUCAACGCACUCCAGAACCAGAUGGCCUCCAAGGGUGGUUACGAGUACGCGCUUCCAGUGAAUGUGUCAAUCCCAGUGGUGGAUGUUCAGCAGUGACCGCGUGUGUGUGGGGGGGGCCGUUGUACCUCCUCAGCCCGAGACAUGGCGUGUGUGUUGCCCCGAUGGUGUGACGGCGGCGGACUCGCCAGACGGCGGCCACUUGUGAUGAUGCCAGAUGGACCAAAGGCCUCGCGCUCCCCUCC